CUUAUUAGCCUCUCUAAAAUAAAACCAUAUUUUUAGUGACACUAUCAUAGUGUCUGUAAUAAUUCAAAGUUCUAAAAUGGCUCUCUGUCUCAAAAAACAACCAUUUACAAUAGCCACAUUCAUCUUCUUCUUCCUCCUACUAUCUCUCCCACACUUCACUGCUUCUCCCAAUGAUUUAUCCUGUCUCAAAGUUUCUCCCAACAAUUUCACCAACUCUGCUGAAGAAGUUGUCACCAAUAUUCAACAAGUCACCCCCAUUUUGUCACACUUCACAAGUGCUUUCGGACAAUCUCGUCUCUUAAACGCCGUUUUCGAUUGCAUGAAUUUACUUGACGGGUCUGUAGACCAACUUGAGUGGAUUAUUUCCGCCACUCAGAAUCCCAUAGGGAAGGAUAACAGUACUGGAAAUCUAAGCUCUGAUCUAAGAACAUGGCUUAGCGCUGUCCUUGUGAAUCAAGACACAUGUAUAGAAGGAUUACAAGGUACAAAUGUGAUGGAUCUUCUAUCUACUGAUCUUUAUCGUGUAAUGUCCUCAGUGAAGAAUCUUCUUGAUAAAGUAAUUCCCAUCAACGAUCAACUCGCAACUGCUACCAGUUCGGAUCAAUUUCCUUCAUGGAUAAUAGACAACGACAUGAAGCUGUUGCAGGCAAACGAAACUACUGCAGAUGCUGUUGUGGCUGCGGAUGGAAGUGGGAAUUACAGUAAUGUAACGGAUGCGGUAAAUGCAGCACCUGAACUCAAUAUGAAAAGAUAUGUUAUAUAUGUGAAGAAAGGUGUUUAUAUUGAGAAUGUAGAGAUUGAUAAGAAGAAAUGGAAUAUUAUGAUAAUCGGUGAAGGUAUGGACACGACUGUUAUCUCUGGUGAUUGGAAUUAUGCCGAUGGUUCGACUACUUUUGGAUCAGCUACCUUUGCUGUAAAUGGUAGAGGGUUCAUAGCACGCGACAUUUCAUUUCAAAACACCGCAGGUCCUGAAAAGGAGCCAGCAGUGGCAUUAAGAUCAGACUCUGACCUCUCUGUAUUUUAUCGGUGUGGGAUAUUCGGUUAUCAAGAUAGCCUAUACCCCCACAGCAUGCGUCAAUUCUACAGAGAAUGCACAAUCGCUGGUACCGUGGAUUUCAUCUUUGGAUAUGCCACCGCCAUGUUCCAGAAAUGUCAAAUAAUAGCCAAGCAAGGGAUGCCAACACAAAAGAACACUGUCGCUGCUCAUGGAAGGAUGGACCCAAACCAACCAACUGGUUUCUCCUUCCAAUUUUGCAACAUUUCAGCAGAGAAUGAUACUGUCCCAACAUACCUUGGUAGACCCUGGAAGAAUUUUUCAAGGACAGUUUUCAUGCAAUCCUACAUGAGUAACGCGAUAAGACCAGAGGGGUGGUUAGAGUGGAACGGAAGUUUUGCUUUGGACACAUUGUACUAUGGUGAAUACAUGAACUCUGGACCGGGAUCUGGGCUAGCUAACAGAGUGAAAUGGCCGGGUUACCAUGUGUUCAAUGACUCGAGCGAUGCUAAUAACUAUACCGUGGCUCAGUUUAUUGAGGGGGAUCUCUGGUUAUCCUCCACUGGUGUUAAUUACACUGCUGGUUUGACAGUGUAAAGAGUAGUAAUUCAUAAUGCAUGAAACAAAAUCUAGGUAAAUGGGUUACUGUUAACCCCAGUUAAUUAGUACCUGAUUAUUAGAUAUUUUCAGAUAUUUUAUUUUGAGCAAGAUCUAUGAUAUGCUUUUGUAUGCAUGUUUAUUUUAAAAUCUUUCUUUUCUAUAACACGAAUUUGGCAAAUUUUAAUUUAUGAAAGGAGUUUGUUUGUUUAGUAGGCGUUGAUGGCAUGUUAGCAAAUCACUGCAUAGCAAAUUCACCAGUUGUAUCUUAUUCCAAAUUUCUAUUUAUACAUGACCGUCUUCGUUUCCCUUAAUGUAUAUGCUUAUUAG